AUGUCUCUUCCUUAUCUCAAGUCGCUGAAAAAGCCCGAGUUAGCCGAGUUGGCUGAUCAGACAGACCUGCCACACUACGAUGACUACAACAAGAAUGAUCUUGUGGUAGUGCUGGACAGGCAUCUCCGUGAAAACCGCUCUAUCUUCUCCGGACUGGAGAGCCUCAAUGAAUAUUACUCGCGCCUGGCCUCUCCACCCCGCAGAGGAUCGCCCGUGAAGCGCGAAACCACACGAACUCCGGCGAAAACCCCAGCACGCCGCUCUGGAAAGAAGGAAGUGAAAGAAGAAAUUAUCGAGGAUGUGGAAGAAGCCGUCGAGCCCAGCCCAGUUGUAGUCAGCCCGACUCCAGCUCCUGUGGCGCGCACGAGCGUGCGCGAGUCUGCGCGCCAGACACCCCGCCAGACACCACGCCAACCAGCAGUUUUCCCAACCAUCGUUGACCCCGAGCCAUCACUCCCGGCGUCUCCAGCUGCCAUUACCGAAGUCAUCGAUGCGCAAACGAUCAAGCUGCGCGAGAGCCUUCAUAGUGCAUGGACUGCGACGGGCUUUGUAGACCGGGCGCACUCUCUGCGCGCAAUGCUGAGCAGUGUGAAGGCGAUCGAGAUCAUUGUGCUGCUUGUUGAAAGUGGCACCGCGCAGAUCCCUGCGAUCCCCAUCCGUGUUCCUGACCUAUUUGGCUUGCUGGAAGUAGCGUUCUGGGCGCCGGUUUCGCUAUGGUUCCUUACUUGUCUGUUCUUGCCUUUGAUUUCUGCCUACUUUAUCAACUUGAGCUGGCAAGCUUCUAGCAGUGCGCGUCGCUCCCGGUCUGCCUCUAAUCUUGCUCAGUUUGAUCCGUUGACUUUCAACAUCGUCAAGGCGUUGCUGGUGCACAUGGUGUUCGGAAAGGACUUCAACUUCUUUGGUGUCUAUAGCCUGUCUGCUAUCGGGAAGGUUCUUGACUCCGUCCCUGGUGGAGAUGUCGGUCUCUUUACUGGAUCUGCUAUCGGCAUUGUUGGGGCUCUGUACGAGGCUAUUCUCCAUCGCUCGUAA